UCCCUAACAUGUCACAUACUCACAUGCAUAUUCCAGAAUCCAAAAAUGACCCCACCCCCACUUCUUUCCUCCAUCUCCACUUUAAUCUUUCCACCCAUUUAUAAACACGCCUUUUUCAUCAUCAUAAUCUCCAAAGUCCAAAAAGGCUAAAAGACUCCGAAAAGCAAAACAGCCUUUCAUUUCUCAUUACCUAUUAGGCAUUAGCUAGACUUAGGUAUAUACUAUCCAUUAUAAAUCCUCAUUCUCCGCCAUUUUUUCAGUUUGGACCAUUUCUUUCGUUCUAUAAUGCUCGCGAAUUCUUGACGCUGAAACCUCCGAUUUCUGAUUUAAGCGUUUCAGGAGAGAGAAAUCGAAGUUACAGAAACACGAAAAUGGCACAAAACGGUGGCGAUGUAGGAAGGAAAAUUAAACUUGGUGUUUGUGUGAUGGAAAAGAAGGUGAAAUGUGAUUUUGAGGCAUCUUCGGCCCCGAUGAAGCAGAUACUUGAGAGAUUGGAAGCAUUUGGUGAAUUUGAGAUUACACUUUUCGGCGAUAGAGUAAUACUUGAAGAUCCAAUUGAGAGCUGGCCUUUGUGCGAUUGUCUUAUUGCUUUCUACUCCACUGGCUAUCCUCUUGAAAAAGUUGAGGCAUAUGCUGCUUUAAGGAAGCCCUUUUUAAUUAAUGAACUUGAGCCACAACACCUGCUGCAUGACAGAAGGAAAGUAUAUGAGCAUCUGGAGAUGUUUGGUAUUCCAGUCCCUCGAUAUGCUCUUGUGAAUCGAGAUUAUCCAUUUCAAGAAGUUGAUUAUUUCUACGAAGAAGAUGAUUUUGUCGAAGUCCAUGGUGAGCGCUUUGCAAAGCCAUUUGUGGAGAAACCGGUUGAUGGUGAUAAUCAUAGCAUAAUGAUAUAUUAUCCUAGUUCUGCUGGUGGGGGCAUGAAGGAGCUAUUCAGGAAGGUUGGAAAUCGUUCCAGUGAGUUUCAUCCUGAUGUCAGACAAGUAAGACGUGAUGGCUCCUAUAUAUAUGAAGAAUUUAUGCACACAGGAGGAACAGACGUUAAGGUGUACACAGUUGGUCCUGACUAUGCUCAUGCUGAAGCAAGGAAGUCUCCUGUUGUUGAUGGUGUCGUAAUGAGAAACCCUGAUGGAAAAGAAGUGAGAUAUCCCGUUCUGCUCACCCCUGGAGAGAAGCAAAUGGCCAGAGAAGUCUGCAUUGCGUUUAGACAAGGAGUUUGUGGAUUUGACUUGCUUCGGUGCGGGGGCCGCUCGUAUGUUUGUGAUGUAAAUGGAUGGAGUUUUGUAAAAAAUUCCCACAAGUAUUACGAUGAUGCUGCUUGUGUGUUAAGGAAGAUGUUUCUAGAUGCAAAAGCUCCACAUCUUUCUUCUACUAUUCCUCCAACUUUACCUUGGAAGGUUAACGAGCCAGUCAAUGCCUCAGAAGGACUUACACGCCAAGGAAGUGGUAUCAUUGGAACAUUUGGGCAGUCAGAGGAGUUACGAUGUGUAAUUGCUGUACUUCGUCAUGGUGAUCGAACUCCGAAACAAAAGGUGAAGUUGAAGGUUACUGAAGAAAAACUGUUGAACUUGAUGCUGAAGUACAAUGGAGGACGGCCAAGAGCAGAGACAAAGCUAAAAAGUGCAGUCCAGCUACAAGAUCUGUUAGAUGCCACCAGAGCUCUUGUUCCCCGUUCCAGACGUGACAGGGAGAGUGAUAGUGAAGCGGAGGAUAUUGAGCAUGCAGAAAAGCUUCGUCAAGUCAAAGCGGUGCUUGAAGAGGGAGGGCACUUUUCUGGUAUAUACAGGAAAGUACAAUUAAAACCCUUGAAGUGGGUAAAGGUACCCAAAAACAAUGGUGAAGGCGAAGAAGAAAGACCUGUUGAAGCUUUGAUGGUCCUGAAAUAUGGAGGUGUUUUAACACACGCUGGAAGAAAACAGGCUGAAGAGCUUGGUCGGUAUUUUCGGAAUAACAUGUAUCCAGGUGAAGGCACAGGUCUACUGCGGUUACAUAGUACAUACCGUCAUGAUCUGAAGAUCUACAGCUCUGAUGAAGGGCGGGUGCAGAUGUCAGCAGCUGCUUUUGCUAAAGGUCUGCUUGAUUUGGAAGGGCAGCUGACACCAAUUCUUGUUUCACUUGUGAGUAAGGACUCUUCAAUGUUAGAUGGACUUGAUAAUGCAAGCAUUGAGAUGGAGCAAGCAAAGGCAAGGUUGAAUGAUAUUAUAACAUCUGGAGCAUCCACUUGCCACAGUAAUGGAUCACCUGAAUUUCCUUGGAUGGUUGAUGGGGCUGGACUUCCUCUUAAUGCGUUUGAGUAUCUCCCUAAAUUGGUGGAGUUGACUAAGAAGGUUACUGAACAAGUGCGGCAGCUAGCUAAGGAUGAAGAUGAAGAACUUGCAGAAAAAAGUCCAUAUGAUGUGUUCCCUCCAUAUGACCAAGCUAAGGCUCUUGGAAAGACUAAUAUUGAUGUUGAUAGGAUCGCUGCAGGAUUACCAUGUGGCAGUGAAGGAUUCCUUCUCAUGUAUGCUCGAUGGAGAAAACUCGAAAGAGAUUUGUAUAAUGAACGAAAAGCGAGAUAUGAUAUAACUCAAAUUCCAGAUGUCUAUGACUCAUGCAAAUAUGAUCUCUUACACAACGCGCACCUAAAUCUUGAAAGCUUGGAUGAACUCUUUAAUGUUGCUAAGUUACUUGCAGAUGGUGUUAUCCCAAAUGAGUAUGGGAUCAAUCCCAAGCAUAAACUGAAAAUUGGUUCGAAGAUUGCACGUCGUUUGUUGGGCAAGAUAUUGAUUGAUUUGAGAAACACUCGUGAAGAAGCUAUCAAUGUUGCUGAACUGAAGAGCAACGACUCCCAGCAUACUCAAUCUGUAAAGAAAGACGAUGCCAACUCUCGAUCGAAAACACAGACUAAAAAUGAAGAUACAAGAAGAUCUAGUGCGACAAGUGAUCUUUCAAUUGAUCAGGAAGACGACGAUGAAAAGGAAACUGAAUACCGAUUGGAUCCAAAGUAUGCUAAUGUGAAGACACCAGAACGACAUGUGAAGACGCGACUAUAUUUUACUUCAGAAUCUCAUAUUCAUUCCUUGAUGAACGUCCUUCGCUAUUGUAACUUGGAUGAAUCUUUACAAGGAGAAGAGAGCCUUGUUUGUCUCAGUGCUCUGGAGCGACUAUUCAAAACUAAGGAGCUAGAUUACAUGAGUUACAUAGUAUUGAGGAUGUUUGAGAACACAGAGGUAGCUCAAGACGAUCCAAAAAGAUUUCGCAUUGAAUUGACUUUCAGUCGUGGUGCUGAUCUGUCACCUCUGGAGAACAAAGACAGUGAAGCAAAUUGGUUGCAUCAGGAGCAUACGUUGCCUAUCAUGGGACCAGAAAGGUUGCAAGAGGUUGGAUCGUGCCUGACCUUUGAGAAAAUGGAAGAUAUGUUCCGUCCAUUUGCAAUGCCUGCUGAAGACUUUCCACCCCCUAUUACACCCAUAGGCUUCACUGGUUACUUCUCGAAAUCAACUGCCGUUCUUGAACGCCUUGUGAACUUUUGGCCUUUCAAUAAGCACACUAGUUUCAAUGGCAAGUGAAUUUGUAUAUAGCACACACUUGCUGAUUCUUGUAAAUAUCAGUUUUGACCCUGCUUUUGUUUCUAUCUCAAUCAUUCGUUUUCUUUAGUUUGAGUUCUGCUUCAUUCCUUGAAGGGGAAUGUGAAGUUUUGAUAACUUGCAAGUGGUAAAGCAUAUUUCAGUAAGA